GUCGAGAUGAGCGCGGUCCGGUUCAUGCUGGAUGAAGAACACAGCUUAACGCGACGGUCUCCGCUGGCGAGGUAUAUUUGCGGAAGGCUUAGUGGAUACAAUGUCGUGAUUGUCACAUUAUCAAUCAAUGCCCAGGGCAAGGUCUUCACAGCCGUAGCGGCUUGCGAGCUGAGGGCAAACUUUCCCAACCUGGUACACUUUCUCCUCGUUGGUAUCGGCGGCGGUGUCCCGAGCCAAGGAACGGAUGUUCGACUUGGUGAUGUGGUCAUCGGGGCUCCCGGAGAUCAACAUGCCGGCAUUGUGCAGUACGAUCUGGGGAAAGAGCAGAUUGAUGGGUUUGUUCGCAGGGGGUAUCUUGCUCCUCCUCCACGCGACCUGCUGGAGAUAUUGCCGUUGGAGAUGUCGACGCUGGAAAGCAAGUUUACCUCGUCAGUAAAGAAGGUGCAGGACCGUUGCCUGUACCCGCAAUUUAUACGACCUCCGCCAGAGCAGGACCUUUUAUUUGAAUCGACGUAUCCGCAUUCGCCGGGAAACGAUAGCUGUGAGUGUUGCGAUCGAUGCUACGUCAUUCCACGAUCGCCUCGAGAGAAUGACACGAUGCCGACCAUACACUACGGCCUAAUUGCGUCGGGGGAUAGAGUGAUCAAAAACGCAAUUAAGAGGGACGAACUCGCGCGAGAAGCAGGAGGGGCGAUUUGCUUCGAAAUGGAGGCUGCUGGCUUGAUGAACGACUUUCCAUGUCUGGUCAUCCGAGGGAUCUGCGAUUACUGCGACUCGCAUAAGAAUGAUGCAUGGCAUGAAUAUGCUGCCGUUGCGGCUGCUGCGGUGGCGAAGGAGAUCCUUGAACUUAUUCAUCCUGGAAUAUCGCCUACGAAGGACCCCGGUACGAUCGUCAAUAUCCCGAGGAUUGAAGAUACCUCUGCAAACGUGCAAGGUGAUGGCCCUCAUCUCGAUGCGGGUUUAUGUCCGACAGUGUUUUCCGGAACAUUCAACUCGGGACAUGGAAAGCAGUACAAUAUUGGAUGUGUAACAGGCGGGUCAUUAUUUUUUGGGUAGGCCAAUAGGGCCGUUUGACUUGACGACUUGGUUUAAAAAACAUUCUCAACCAGUUCACUCUCAGCCAUACUAUAUCACUUUCUCGGAUACUAUUUCAAAUAUAGUACAUGGAGGAAACAAAUCUUCACCAGAUCCAACUUUUAUUUGGAGAGAAACCCACCUUUAACCCCCUAACUAUGCGUCCCAAAAGGCGGGUCAUGGCUCGCAGACGAACGCUUGGCUGAACUAGGCAUGCUUCGACUGCGACAGUGGCCAAUGGCGUAU